CGUUUGACUGGGGCAUAGGAUCAUGAGGAGCAUUGCCGUAGCAAGCAUGAUGCGGAAAGGGGCUGACGACAAGACGGCCAUAUCGAUGGCCAGUAUGCUGGCAGUAUGGCGUUUAUGCUUCGCGGACGAACGGAUAGGUCGCAAUGUGCUCAGCAAGGCCAGCUUGCUCAAGAUGGAGGACUGUUCAUGAACGCACUCUUGACGGCAGGCUGUUCACACUGUGAUGGGCCUAAUAUAUGCGGAUAUGAAGCUCGAAAUGCCGUCCCUUCUAUCGGAAGUAACGGUACCGCGAUCGAUAUGAACAAGGUCUUCACAACUUUGACGGCAAUUGGGAACGUUCUGAAACCGGAUUUCUUCAGACGCUGUUACUGCAGCUGCACUGCCCCCGAUGGACAGACUCAAUGGCAGACAGGGACACCAGCUUGCUGCAAUUCCCCAAUCAGAUCGCAGGCCAGCGCUCGUCACGUCGCUUUGCCCUCGUGCAGGUCACGACCUGUAUGGCAGAUCUUGGCACGCCAUCUUUCCCACCGAGAAAUGCACACAUCCGGCAACGCACUGUGCUCUCCAAAUGCUCUGCUCAAGAGGCUUCUGCACUGUCGAUGCUACCUGCCUCGGAGGAGGCAUCAGGAUCCUCUUCCAGUGUCGUCAAGCUUUUGCUGGGGACUUCUCCAAUUCCUUCUUCCCAAGAGCUCGUUGCGCUGACGCCGAUGCCGAAGAUGGCGCAGUGCAGCAUGAGCAGAAUGGCAACGAGGACGGCCAUCGUUCUCCGGGAUAUGCGGUGCCCGAGGUGUUAUGCUUUGUAUAAGCAGCCGAGCGAGAUACGAUUGGAGGCAGAGUCAGAUGGGCUGUGCUCUUGAUUUCGAUGGGGUGAUAUGUAGUCGCUCUUGCUGUGCCAGCGUGGUUGAAGUUCGUUCACGAGUGAGUUCGUGGUCUACAAGAGGCCCUCAAGAUACGCUUCAAACGUGGACAAGGGGGGCAAAAAGCUCCGAGCUACUGGAACUCGCCU